UGAGCCAAAGUCGGAAGCUUAACCGACUGAGCCACCCAGGUGCCCCUCCCCCGACCCAUUCUUUAGCGAGUGCCAGUGUUCUAGAAAGGGGAGAGGGCCAGGUUCUAGAAUGGUUACUCCUCAAGGUCCUAUCUGGAACAUGAGAAGGGCAACCUAUUCAUGAUCUAGGAAUAAAUCGCCCUGCCUUUGGCCACUCUUUCCGCAGACGUUUGCUUCUCUUCCUGGCUGCCUAAUCCUUUCUCCUCCUGGCAGUCAUUUCUAGAAGCCCAGACCUUUAGCCCACUGUUGUUUUGCCCUGCCCCCUCUCACCAUUGUGUCCCACAACCAUGAACCUGGCCCACACCACCAUGCUCCUAUGGGUGUGGGGGAGCCUCCGGGCCUUUGAAAUUGUGGAGAAGGAGGACAUCUUUCACAGGACCCCCUGCCCCGCUUUUCUGAUGUUUGACAACGCGGCCUACCUGGCGGACAUGAGCUUUGAGCUCCCCUGCAGCUGCAAGCCCGAGGACGUGUCCGCUGUCGUCUGGUACUAUCAAAAGCACCUCGGGAGCGGCCACACCAGGGUGCUGACAGACUUCGACGGGAGGGUGCUGACAGAGGCAGCCCAGGUGCGCGCGGGCAGCGACAUGCUGGUCCGCUUCAGCAUCCGCAUGUUCAGCCUGCUGGUCUUCCGGGCCCAGCCCGGGGACUCGGGCUUGUAUUUCUGUGGCUCAAGCAAGGGGGACUACUUCUACGCCUACGAUGUGGACAUCCAGAGCGGCGAGGGAACGGUGGCCACCUUCAAGGACCUGGGCCAGGAGCCCUUUGCAGACGAGCAGGUCGGGAGCCUCCACAUCUUCACCACCUUCUGGGAGUGGACCCCCUGCGACCGCUGUGGUGUCCGUGGGGAGCAGUGGCGCAUUGGCCUCUGCUACUUGCAGAGCCCAGACCUCUCCCCACGCUACCGGAAGACACUGCCCGAUGUGGUGUCCUGCGGGUCGCAGGCCGUGCCCUGGAAGCUUCGGGCCACGGCCAGGGAGCACACACCCGAGCUCCUGGUUCAGAGCUGCGUGGCGCCCUGCAAGAAGACGGCAGCAUCCCAGCAGGGCGUGAUGGCCAUCUUCAGCUAUGUGUCCAAAGUGGGCAGCCGGCCCUGGGUGCCUCAGGUGCCCAUUCAGUUCCACCAGCAGAGGCUGGGCCACAGCCUCAUUAUCUCCUGUCCCGGGGCCCGGCCGGAGCACGCUGUGGCCUGGGACAAGGACCGCCAGUACCUCUACCGAACUCAGUACCUGAAGGGUGUCAACAGGUCCAUGAGGGUGUUCAUCGACCACGGCAACCACCUCCACAUCCGCUUCACCCAGCUCAGUGACCGGGGCAUCUACUACUGCUGGCGGCAGGGGGUGCGGGUGGCUGGGUUCCGGCUGAGUGUCACCUCUCGAGGCCGCCACCGGCCCUCAUUCUCGGACCCUGAGACUCGCUCUGCUGUGCAACUCACCCUGCUGGGCUACCUGUUCAUCACGGCAAUCUUUGUCACCAUUCACCUCUGUCGGUGCUGCCGUUACUUAUUUCGUUGUGGUCCCAACUUCUCCUCCUAGGCCCCCCUCUUCCCCCCGCUCCAAAGCCCGGUUGUGCCCAGAUGUGUCUGUCAAAUGACACCGGAUGCCUCUGGGUGAGCACCGUGGGCUGGGACGUGUGGCGUGGGGCUGGGGGUGGGUGGACAAAUCUGUUAUUUACAGCCUGCUCCUUGGCAAGUGGAGAAGCCUGAGGCAGGUAGGAGACUGGGGAGGGAGGGACUGAGGGGGACUGAGGCCGGUACAAAAGUAGCCAGAGGGCACAUCUUCUGACUUCAUGCACAGGGAAGGAGGAAGUGAACCUAAUAUUUA